AUGGGUUUAUGCACCUCAAAAGACACUUCAGAAGUGAAUACUUCCAAACCAGCAAAGUCAACUCAUACAAAACGACAAGAACAAACACAAGCUGUGAAUAAACAACAAACGUCGCAGCAAGCACAACAACAUCAACAACAACCCCAGACAUCAGGUCUACAUCCAUCUCAGCAACAACAGCUGACGGAAUCAACGACUGAGCAUGAGAAAUCAAACAACUCAACACUAAAUAACAAUGGACAAUCAGCGCUUAGUCUGGCUAAUGAAAAACAAACUGGUCUGCCUAAUGGUGUAGCUAAUGGUUCAGUUGCAACAACCACUAAUGGCAACGGUACAAUGGCAAAUGGGCAAAAGGUAAAUCCAGUCGAUGCAGCAGCAAAUUCAAAUACAGAACACGAAGUCAAGGUGCUACUUUUAGGGUCGGGCGAAAGCGGUAAAUCAACGAUUGUAAAGCAGAUGAAGAUUUUACAUCAAAAUGGAUACACUCAGGAGGAAUUGUAUGAAUAUAAGCCGUUUAUUUACAAAAAUGUAAUGGAUUGUAUCAAAAAUGUCAUCAAUGCAAUAAUCGAUCUAGAUCCUGAAUUGAUCAAACCUAAAGUUGAAAAUGGCAUCGAUGGUGUUGGUGCUGGUACCAACGCCACUGCAAAUACCACCGUGGAUGCACAGGAUCCACCGGAGGUUGCUAAUGGUACUUGGCGUAAACAUGUACUUGAUUACGACUCAUUAAAUGAGGUCUUGGAUUACGAAAUCUUGCUUGAUGGUACCAAUGAUGCCGUAUUUGAUCCAUCGAUAGCUGAAAAGAUUGAACAAAUUUACAAUACACCUGAAGUUAAAGAUUUCAUGAUUCACAAACAAGGACAAUUUUAUCUCAUUGAUUCUACCGAGUACUUUAUGACGAAUUUGAAGAGAAUUGCUCAACCUGAUUAUAUACCAUCAACAACUGAUGUGUUACGUACUAGGAAAAAGACAUCAGGUAUAUUUGAUUUUGUUUUCGAUAUGGGUAACAAUCUCCAUAUUCACAUGUUUGACGUUGGUGGGCAACGAUCAGAACGUAAGAAAUGGAUCCAUUGUUUUGAUAACGUUACCUUAAUUAUCUUUUGUGUUUCACUAUCUGAAUAUGAUCAAGUUUUGUUGGAGGAAAAUAAUCAGAACCGAUUAGAAGAAAGUAUUGCAUUAUUUGACUCAGUAGUCAAUUCACGAUGGUUUGCAAGAACAAGUGUUGUGUUGUUUUUGAACAAGAUUGAUGUGUUUGCUGAAAAAUUGCAAUAUUCACCUUUGGAAAACCAUUUCCCUGAUUACACCGGUGGUAAUAAUAUCAACAAGGCGGCAAAAUAUAUUCUUUGGAGAUUUAAUCAAGUUAAUCGUUCAGGAUUGAAUAUUUAUCCUCAUGUUACUCAGGCUACUGAUACAAGUAAUAUACAAUUGGUUAUGGCCGCUGUUAAAGAGACAAUUAUGGAAAAUACGUUGAAAGAUAGUGGACUUAUAUAA